GGAAUUUAACUUUUUUCAUUUUUGUGCUUUUGUUAUGUCACACAUUGUCAUUAUUUUAGCUAAUAAUGGCUUUUACUUGUACCAGUGUUUAAUUAUUUUAUUUAUUUAUUUAAGUAAAGAUAGACAGUCCUGCAGACAUGCGUGUAUUUUUAGUUUGUUCCCUUAUUUACAAAAGUAUGUUUAAAUUUUAGUGUGUGAGCAGGCACACAGUAUGGCACAUAAUUUGGAUCCAGACAGUGAUGGUAGAGGUGUUCUUCAGUUUAAGACUGGUUUGAUGUCUGUAAUCAAGAGAAAACUUGCAAAAAGGGACGGGGCCCCAGUAGAUCGUAAUCAUGAUAUUGAGCACCUCUACAAAUUUUACCAACGCUAUAAGAAACGGCAUAGAGUGGACGAUAUACGGAGAGAAGAACAAAGAAUGUGGGAGUCUGGAACUUUUGGUACUGAUUUUGCAAAGAUGGAAAUGAAAUAUUUAGAAAUGAAAAAGAUAGUUGCUACGCUGAGGGCGCUAGUAGAGGUCAUGGAGGCGCUUAGCAGAGAAGCAGAUCCUAGGGGAGCUGGUGGACUUAUCAAAGAAGAGCUGAGAAGAAUAAAAUCUUCUGAGGCAACAUUAUCUCGGGAGUUCGCGCCUUAUAAUAUCGUACCACUGGAAGGGCCGUCGAGGACCAAUGCCAUUGGAAUUUUCCCAGAAGUCAGAGGCGCAAUAUCUGCUAUUAGAUAUAGUGAACACUUUCCUAGACUUCCAGAUGAUUACGUGAUAAUUGGCGACCGAGACGCUGACAUGUUUGAUCUUCUGGAAGUUGUGUUUGGAUUUCAGAAAGACAAUAUCAGGAACCAGAGAGAGAAUGUUGUUCUGUCCAUUGCAAAUGCACAGACACGACUUGAAGUACCUAGCGAGGCUGAUCCAAAAAUAGAUGAGAAAGCAAUCGAUGAGGUAUUCUUGAAGCUACUGGAUAAUUAUAUCAAAUGGUGCAAAUAUUUGCGUACACGCAUUGCGUGGUUUAGUUUAGAAGCGAUCAAUAGAGACAGGAAACUUUUACUUGUUUCACUGUACUUUUUGAUAUGGGGGGAAGCUGCAAAUGUCCGUUUCCUUCCUGAAUGCAUUUGUUAUAUAUUCCACAAUAUGGCAAUAGAAUUGGAGGCGAUUUUGGAUCAUGGAGCAGCAAUUCCUGGUGCCAUCUGUGUAACUGCUUCUGUUUCGUUCCUUGACAAAGUCAUUUGUCCGAUAUAUAAGAUAAUGGCAUUGGAAGCUAAAAGAAACAAUAAUGGGAAAGUUGCACAUUCUGCGUGGCGGAAUUAUGAUGACUUCAAUGAAUAUUUUUGGUCCCCUGCUUGCUUUGAGUUAAGCUGGCCUAUGAAGAGAGAAUCACCCUUCUUUUUGGAGCCCAAGAAAAAAGGAAAUAGGAUUGGAAAAUGCUCUUUUGUUGAGCAUCGGACCUUUCUUCACCUGUAUAGAAGUUUUCAUCGUUUGUGGAUCUUUCUGGCUUUGAUGUUCCAGACUUUAGCAAUUAUAGCUUUCAAUGAUGGGCGCUUGGAUAUGGAUACUUUUAAGAGUGUACUUAGUAUUGGACCAACAUUUUCAAUUAUGAACUUCAUUGAAAGUUUUUUGGAUAUCAUACUCAUGUUUGGGUCUUACACCUCGGCAAGAGGCAUGGCUAUCUCAAGACAAGUAAUUAGGUUUUUCUGGUUUGGUCUGUGCACAACAUUUGUGACAUAUGUUUACUUGAAGGUUCUGGAUGAAAGAAAUAGCCACAACUCUAACAAUUCAUUUUACUUCAGAUUAUAUAUUCUUGUACUGGGUGUGUAUGCUGGAUUACAUCUAGUCCUUGGACUCUUGCUAAACUUUCCAGCAUGCCACUCAUUAUCUGCAAUGUCUGAUCAGUCAUUCUUCCAACGUUUAGUCCUUGGACUCUUGCUAAAAUUUCCGGUAUCCCACUCAUUACCUGCAAUGCCUGAUCAAUCAUUCUUCAAAUUUUUUAAAAGGAUUUAUCAGGAGUGCUACUAUGUUGGACGUGAUCUUUAUGAGAGUUUGAGUGAUUAUUGCAGGUACGUGCUCUUUUGGUUGGUGGUCUUCAUAUGCAAAUUUUGUUUUGCAUACUUUCUCCAGAUUCAACCACUUGUUAGUCCUACCAAUACAAUUGUCGGGCUUAGAAAUUUAGAUUACUCAUGGCAUGAUUUAGUCCCUGGAGCCAAUAAUAACGCCAUGACCAUAGCCUGCCUUUGGGGUCCAGUGGUGGCUAUCUAUCUCAUAGACAUACACAUAUGGUAUACUCUCUUCUCAGCUGUUAUUGGUGGUGUGAUGGGUGCACGGGCUCGAUUAGGCGAGAUACGCUCAAUGGAAAUGGUGCGUAAGCGUUUUGAAAGUUUUCCAGAAGCCUUUGUAAAGAAUCUUGUCUAUCCACAAACAAAAAGGCUGCCCUUCAACAGACAAUUAUCUCAGGACUCUCAGGAUACGGACAAGACAUAUGCUGCGAUGUUUUCUCCAUUUUGGAAUGAAAUUAUCAAAAGUUUGCGUGAAGAAGAUUAUAUUAGUAAUAGGGAGAUGGACUUGCUUUCUUGUCCAAGCAACGCAGGAAGUCUUGGAUUAGUGCAGUGGCCUUUGUUCCUUCUCAGUAGUAAGAUUUCGUUGGCUAUUGAUUUAGCCAUGGAUUGUAAAGAUACACAAGGAGAUCUUUGGAAUAGCAUAUGCAGAGAUGAAUACAUGGCAUAUGCAGUUCGGGAUUGCUACUACAGUAUCGAAAAACUCUUAUGCUCUCUUAUUGAUGGUGAAGGAAGACUCUGGGUUGAAAGGAUCUACCGUGAGAUAAACAACAGUAUAUUGGAAGGAUCACUUAUUAUAACCUUAUCGCUUAAGAAGCUUCCGGUGGUGCUAAAAAAGUUUACAGCUCUAACUGGGCUCCUGUUACGGAAUGAAGAUCCUGAUCUUUCUAAAGGAGCUUCAAAAGCUGUGUAUGAACUAUAUGAAGUUGUCACACAUAAUCUUAUGUCACCUGAUUUAAGGGAGCAACUUGAUACCUGGAACAUUUUAGCAAGAGCAAGAAAUGAAGGGCGUCUGUUUUCUAGGAUAGAAUGGCCCAAAGAUACAGAAGCUAAAGAGCUAGUGAAGCGGUUGCAUCUUCUUCUUACUGUGAAAGAUUCCGCAGCUAAUAUUCCGAAGAACCUUGAGGCAAGAAGAAGAUUAGAAUUUUUCACUAAUUCAUUAUUUAUGGACAUGCCUUCAGCCAGGCCAGUUAGUGAAAUAGUCCCUUUCUGUGUCUUCACCCCCUACUACAGUGAGACUGUACUCUAUAGUUCUUCUGAAUUUCAAAAGGAAAAUAAAGAUGGAAUAUCAACUCUUUUCUAUCUUCAGAAAAUUUUCCCAGAUGAGUGGACGAAUUUUUUGGAAAGAAUUGGUUGGGCCGAUUCAACUGGUUAUGCAGAAUUGCAGAAAAGUUCAAGUGAUGCUUUGGAGCUGCGGUUUUGGGUAUCUUACCGUGGCCAGACUUUGGCUAGGACUGUGCGUGGUAUGAUGUAUUAUAGAAGGGCUUUAAUGUUACAGAGUUAUUUGGAAAAGAGAUCGUUCCGAGUUGAUGGAUACUCUCAAGGCAGCAUCCCUACAAGUCAAGGUUUUGAGUUGUCACGUGAAUCACGGGCACAGGCAGAUAUAAAGUUCACCUAUGUUGUGUCAUGCCAAAUUUAUGGCCAACAGAAGCAAAGGAAAGCACCUCAGGCUGCUGAUAUAUCUCUUUUAUUGCAGAGGAAUGAGGCACUUAGAGUUGCUUUCAUACAAGUUGAAGAUGGUGGUGCUGAUGGAAAGGGUCCUAAAGAAUUUUAUUCUAAGCUUGUUAAAGCUGACAUACAUGGAAAAGAUCAGGAAAUAUACUCGAUCAAACUUCCUGGAGAUCCAAAACUUGGUGAAGGGAAGCCUGAAAACCAAAACCAUGCCAUAGUUUUCACUCGUGGGGAGGCUGUUCAAACUAUUGACAUGAAUCAGGACAACUACCUUGAGGAGGCAAUGAAAAUGAGAAAUCUUCUGGAGGAGUUCCAUAGAAAUCAUGGCCUCCGGCCUCCAACUAUUCUUGGUGUGAGAGAGCAUGUCUUCACAGGAAGUGUCUCAUCGUUAGCAUGGUUAAUGUCAAAUCAAGAAACCAGCUUUGUUACUUUGGGGCAACGUGUUUUGGCGAGCCCUCUCAAAGUUCGCAUGCACUAUGGACAUCCGGAUGUAUUCGACCGUGUAUUUCACAUAACUCGAGGUGGCAUUAGCAAGGCAUCUCGUGUUAUCAACAUUAGUGAAGAUAUCUUUGCUGGGUUUAACUCAACAUUAAGGCAAGGAAACAUCACACAUCAUGAGUACAUUCAGGUUGGCAAAGGAAGGGAUGUUGGUCUGAAUCAGAUUUCCCUGUUUGAAGGAAAAGUUGCUGGUGGAAAUGGGGAGCAAGUUCUUAGUAGAGAUGUAUACAGACUCGGACAACUUUUUGAUUUCUUUAGAAUGUGUUCUUUUUUCUUCACAACUGUCGGUUUCUAUGUUUGUUCUAUGAUGACAGUGCUCACAGUGUACAUAUUCUUGUAUGGAAGGGUUUACCUGGCUUUCUCUGGACUUGAUGAGCAAAUUGCAAAGCAAGCAAAAAGACUGGGCAGUACAGCACUAGAUGCUACUUUAAAUGCUCAGUUCUUGGUCCAGAUUGGAAUUUUUACAGCAGUUCCGAUGAUUAUGGGUUUUAUAAUUGAACUGGGACUACUGAAGGCAGUUUUCAGCUUUAUAACAAUGCAGCUUCAGCUAUGUUCUGUGUUCUUCACUUUCUCAUUAGGAACUAGAACUCACUAUUUUGGACGUACGAUUCUCCAUGGAGGUGCAAAAUACCGGGCUACUGGUAGAGGUUUUGUUGUCUACCACAUCAAGUUUGCAGAGAAUUACAGGCUCUACUCAAGAAGUCAUUUUGUCAAGGCGUUUGAAGUGGCUCUGCUUCUCAUAGUUUACAUUGCAUAUGGGUAUACUGCCGGCGGGGCUGUUUCAUUUGAAUUGUUAACUAUGAGUAGUUGGUUUCUGGUCUUCUCCUGGCUCUCUGCACCCUUUAUCUUCAAUCCUUUUGCUUUUAAUUGGCGAAGAGCAGUGGAGGAUUUUGAUGAUUGGACCAGUUGGCUUCUCUGUAAAGGCGGUGUAGGAGUGAAAGGAGAUGAUAGCUGGGAAUCUUGGUGGGAGGAAGAGCUGUCACAUAUUCAAACACUGAGAGGUCGUGUAUUGGAAACCAUUUUGAGUUUGAGGUUCUUCAUGUUUCAAUAUGGCAUUGUAUACAAGCUCCACCUCAGUGCCAAAGAAAGAUCACUUGCGAUCUAUCUAUUUUCCUGGGUCGUGUUACUUGUCAUUGUCAUGGUAUUUAAGGUUUUUACCUACAGUCCGAAGAAGUCAGCUUACUUCCACCUAGUGCUUCGAUUUACACAAGGCGUCACAUCAUUGGGACUCAUUGCGGCGAUAGCUCUAGUGGUCAUAUUUACUGAUCUUUCGAUGCGAGACUUAUUUGCUAGCAUCCUUGCAUUUAUUCCGACUGGCUGGGCAAUUAUUUGUCUUGCUGUGACUUGGAAAAGGGUUUUCUGGAGUCUCGGGUUGUGGGACUCGGUUCGUGAAUUUGCUAAAAUGUAUGAUGCUGCUAUGGGUAUGCUCAUCUUUGCCCCAAUAGCACUCAUAUCAUGGUUCCCAUUCAGAUUUUCGUAUCGGCCUCUUUUCAAUCAAGCUUUCACCCGUGGCUUGGAAAUCUCCACUAUCAUUAUGGACGAUGCACGAAAUAAAUGGGUUGGCCGGCCUUGAAUAUUUACUACGAAUAUGACUCCAAUAAUAAUAAUAAUAAUAAUAAUAAUAAUAAUAAUAAUAAUAAUAAUAAUAAUAAUAAUAAAAAGCAGCCAAAUCUCACACCUUUUCAUUUUUGUUGCACCCGAUAGGUUUUGGUUGAUAAGUGACAUGUUGGAUCUACUCAACUCUAGCUCUUCACUAGUCCAUAUGGCGUGAAAACCCAUCUAUAAAUUUAUAAAUAAAUUAGAAAACAAACUCGAUUCUAUUUUAAUGAUAAUUAAAUUAUAAAAUUAUAUUAAAUUUUAAAUUUUGAUA